GAUCAUCCCAGGUGGAAACAAAACGACAAGUGUUUCGAAGAGCCACCAUGCAAAAUAGAACCAUUCCUGAGCCAUGUCAUGCUACUCGCAUCCUGGGGCGCAGAUAUAUUUUGACUGCAACGACUCAUAAAUAUUUGGAAAUUGGGCUCAAUGUACAAUAUCGACCCUACUCCGUCGUGGAAAUAGUCCUCGGCGACAAUCGCGGUAAUGAACUAAUAUUACAUACGGACACUUGGGGAAAACUGAUGGAAAAUCAUGGUGCUAUACGACGACUUCUGGAAGCGCGCCCAUCGUACUUUCCGCUACGGAUUCAAAAUUUAGGAGUGAAAUUGUUUGAGCUAAAUGGUUCAAAAAUUGUAAAAUUAAUGCAAUAUUCUAAGAGUUUGUAUUUGAGUCCUGCUACAAUGAACAAGUUAUUUACUUAUGAAUAUUGCAUUGAUCAUAUAUAUACGCAGUUGUCUGAACAGGCAUAUCUGGUUAGAUCAAGAAUUCUAACUUUUGUAAAAGUUCUUCGAGAAAAAAAAAAUUACCGAAAUGUGCAAUGCGGUAAAAGCGAUACGUGAAAGCGCUGCCUUUGACAGUGAGUCACUUAUUGAUUGCGAGCUGCUGACAUGUGCUUCGAAAGAUAUCUUGCACGAAGCUAUGAGCUGUUUGGUAUUCUGAGCUGUUUGGUAUUCUGAGAAAUAAAUUACUUUGUUAUAUAUUAUGAUACAUCUUUUUUACUUUAGACCACAUCCUUUCU